AUGUUAUACAAUCUUCAGCUAUCUUGCUUGGUACUGAUCUAUGUCUUUCUGUUCUCACCUAUCGAUACUCAUCCUUAUGAUCAAAGUUUGGAAAAGUACAAUAUCAAUGUGAACCAGUCUGCUGGAAAUCAAGUUCUUUCUUACAAUGCUGAUUGGCCGGAAAAACGGAUUAAUGGCUAUCAUCCUAGUCCCUCAAAUUGGCGUACCCUGCCCUUCUACACGGUGAUCCUUGACAGAUUGGUGGAUGGUGAUCCAUCAAAUAAUGACUUCUUCGGCACUCGUUCUGAGUGGGAACAAUCUGCAACUCAACUAAGACACGGUGGAGAUAUCACAGGAUUGGCACAAGAUAGGGUCUUGGAUUAUAUAUACGGAAUGGGUUAUCGAACUGUUUAUAUUGCUGGUACCCCCUGGGUGAAUAUGCCCUGGCAAUCAGAUAGUUAUUCAGCACUCGACUUUACUUUGCUUGAUCCACAUUUCGGUACCUUGGAAGACUGGCGUGCAACGAUUGACAAGAUCCAUGCCAAAGGAAUGUAUGUGAUGCUCGACAUGACGGUCAACACAAUGGGAGACCGCAUUGGGUUCAAAAAUUAUGUGAAUGUCACUGCACCAUUUAGCUUGCAAGGUUACGAAGUCGAAUAUAAAGACGCUGCACGUACGCCAUGGGGGCUCCGAACGUAUACCGACUUCAACUUUACCAACACACGUUCUACGGACUGCCCACUUCCCAACUUUUAUAGCUUGAACGGUUCCAAGGUUGAAGCAUUCAACGAAACCAUCACCGGAUGUUAUAAUGGUGAUUUUGAUCAAUACGGUGAUCUUCAGGUUAUUACUGUUUUUGAACCAUUUCAAAGACAACUAGCAAAGUAUGGAACUGUUCAAGAUCGUCUUCGAGAAUGGGAUGAGAUUGUAGCUCAAAAGCUAGAAAAACUUACUUGUCUCACUAUCCAAGCUUUGGAUCCGGAUUGCUUCCGAAUUGACAAAGCGUCUCAACUGACAGUCGACUUUACGGGAAGGUGGGGAAAGGCUUUAAAGAAUUGUGCAAGAAGUUUAGGAAAAAAUAAUUUCUUUGCUUCUGGUGAAAUUACAGAUGGAGAUAAGUUUGCAGCACUAUACAUUGGACGUGGUCGACAGCCUCAACAUUAUGCCAACUUGACUGUACAGGAUGCACUACAUAUGACAGCCAAUCAAUCCCAAUAUUUCAUGAGGGAAACUGAACUGCACGCAUUUGAUUCAGCUUUCUUUCAAUACUCGGUUUAUCGGACGUUGACGAUUCUUUUGGGCUUGGAUCACGAGGUUAAUCCGAAGAAUGAUGUUCCAGUUGAUCUAGUCACAGCCUGGAAUUCACUCUUUGUCUCUAAUGACUAUUUAAACUCUGAAACUGGAGUGGUAGAUCCUCGUCAUCUGUAUGGUACAUCGAAUCAGGAUCUAUUCAGGUGGUCUGCUAUCCAAGACGGCACGGAAAAGAUGUUAUUAGGUCAACUUAUCACUAACUUGGUAGUACCUGGCAUCCCACUCCUUUAUUAUGGAGAGGAACAAGAGAUGUAUCUAUUUGACUCGACAGCCGACAAUUACCAUUACGGUCGUCAACCCAUGACUUCCUCCCGCUCAUGGCAAACCCAUGGUUGCUAUCGUGCAGGCUCAUCAUUAUAUAAGGACAUGCCUAUCGAGAAAGCGUUGAAUGGAUGUCAUGAUGAAUGGAACAGUCUUGAUCAUUUCGACCCCACUCCAGCGCCUCGACAUAUGCUUAAGCACUUCACGUAUCUUCGCUCUCAGUAUGCUGCACUUCAGGAUGGAUUCAAUCUCACUCAGCACGGAAACUGGACAGAGACCAACCCAUUUCCAAAAUCACCUAAAACAAAUCGAGAAACUGGCGUCUGGAGCGUGAGCCGGGGAUUCAUGAUCAAUCAGCCAGUCGUAGGAAAAAAUGCCAAUGUGACUGUUUGGAUAUUGUACAGCAAUCUCAAUGAAACGAGAAAGUUGGAAAAUGACUGUACAUCAGCUCUUGGAAUGUUCGCUCCAUAUUCAGACUCUAUGACGAUUCGAAAUCUCAUCUUUCCCUACGAAACGUAUGAUUUGAAUGUGUCUCAAAACAUAUGGUCAGCAGACGGACAGGGUCGCUACCGUGCUUGUCUUCCCUCGAUCACAUUGAAUCCCUUUGGCUUCAAAGUCUUUGUGCCAGCCAGCGAUUGGAUGCCACCUAUUCCACACCUUGUAGGGUUUACACCAGGUCACGAUGCGAGAAUCACCUCCAAGCCGCAUGAAACCAAUUCAACUAUUCCAAUCAAGUUGAUGUUCUCCGAGCAGAUGUCUUGCAGAAGUGUUUCUUCCGCGGUAUCCCUCACGUACACGAUCGAUCCUUCUUCGGAUUCAAAACCACAGAUAGACAACAACGCAACGACAUGCACAUCUAUGUCCCCUAAUGCGAGCUCCUUUAAAGGUGUUCCUCCUGCUAUGUGGAUUUGGUCCAGUUCAAUAAUUCAAGCUGCCGAUGGCAUAUACCAAAUCACUGUCAAUAAUGUGACCAGCAAUGCGGGAGUGUCAACUGACUCGAUAGACCAUGUGAUCAUGCGGAAAGGCUCGACUGACAACCCGAUAACUUUCCAGAAUGUGACCUACUCCAAAGGGAUUCUGCAAAAGAAGUCAAACGGUAUAUUCAAAAUCGUUUCAAACGCAGCUGGUGCCGAUUCUAUGCGUUAUUCGAUUGAUUUUGGGGAAACAUACUCAUCCUGGAGAAACUAUACGUCUGAGUUUGAGUUGCCUUCUGACACAUUCAGUACCGUCCAGUUUUGGAAUGGGAACCAUAUCCGAGUUCAAUAUCAUUCGAAGAUGGCAGGCUCGGCAGCUCAAGCGGUGGAUUCGGAUUAUGGCAUCGGGCAAGAAAUAGUAAGAAGAGUGCCCCAGCUACUCUUGAAGGGGCCCUACAAUCAAUGGGGAUUGGACUCCGGAAUACCGAACAACUUCGUCCUUAGAGGAAAGAAUUGGACCUUUGACGUCAUCACAACGUGGCCCAAUCACUUCCAGCUCACCACUUUCACUACGCGUGACGAUGUUGUCUUCGGUGACGUGGAUGGGGAUGGAGCGCUGGACGUUCUACCUCCUAAUACACAAGCUCUCAAUUAUCUCAAUCUUUCCCACCCAGCUUCACCAUUUCUUGGAUGGAGGAUAACAGUAGAUCAACUGAAUAUGACCUGGAGCGCUUAUCCGAUUGGAAAUGAGUCUGUAGGAAUCAUGUUAUUCUUUUUAUUCGCUAUCAUUCCAUUGUCAACAGCGAUAUUUGCUUGCUGGGUCUUCAGGAAAGCUUUUUAUAGCAUCAAAUUUAACCAGUAUGGGUUCCAAGAGAAAAGUUCUUUCACAGUCGUUUCAAAAUUACCAUUCAUUCAAAGUUCAAUUGUAUACCUAACACAAAAAAGCGAAAAGGCAGAGUUAUCGAAGAGUGUUCAAGCGGAAUCGCAAGCGGAGUCUCGCUGGCCAGAGAACCCGGCAAUUCGGCGAAAAAUCUUGAUUGCAACUCUGGAGUAUGAUAUUCCGGAUUGGAAGCUACAGGUGAAGAUUGGUGGCCUUGGUGUCAUGGCUUCUUUGAUGGGCCGAGUCAUGGAUGAUGUGGACCUCGUGUGGGUUGUUCCAAAGGUCAAGGAUCUUGUCUAUCCAGAAGGGACCCCAGAGCCGCCGAUAUCGAUCACCAUACACGGGAAUCAAUAUCAAAUCGGUUGUCAAACUCAUCAGCUCCGAAAUAUAACAUAUUACUUGCUCGAAUCUCCUAUAUUCCGAGCGAACACUAAGUCUGACCCUUAUCCUGCUCGCAUGGAUGACCUCGAUUCCGCCAUAUUUUAUUCCGCCUGGAACCAAAGCAUUGCUGAAGUCUGUCGUCGCACACCUAACUUGGAUAUCUAUCACAUCAACGAUUACCACGGUUCACUUGCACCUCUCUAUCUUCUUCCAGCGGUACUUCCCGUAUGUCUAUCAUUACAUAAUGCAGAAUUUCAAGGAUUGUGGCCAUUAAGAACUAUCGCAGAAGGCAAUGAAGUCUCUAAAGCGUUCAAUCUACCUAGACCUAUUUGUACCAAGUAUGUUCAAUUUGGGAACAUCUUCAACUUACUACACGCUGGUGCAAGGUUCAUAAGUCAUCACCAGGACAGUAUUGGUGUGGCAGGUGUUAGUGACAAAUAUGGGAAGCGCAGCUGGGCACGAUAUCCUGCGUUGUGGACAUUGAAAACAAUUGACUCUCUUCCAAACCCCGACCCAUCCGAUAAAGCUGAAUUGGACACUGCGCCGACCGACAUGAAAGAGGUCAUAGUUAACCGUGAUGCGGAGGAAAAGAGACCAGAGGACAAACGAAAAACGCAAGAGUGGGCGGGAUUACACCAAGACCCUGAUGCUCAGCUGUUCGUCUUCGUUGGAAGAUGGUCUAUCCAGAAAGGGGUUGAUUUGGUCGCAGACGUGUUCACCAAGCUUUUAGAGGAGGAGCCGGAUGUACAGCUGAUCACAGUCGGACCACUAGUCGACCUUUAUGGGCGAUUUGCAGCAGCAAAACUGAAUCGAUUGAUGGAGAUGUAUCCAGGUCGAGUGUUUUCUAAGCCCGAGUUUACAGCUUUACCUCCUUAUGUGUUCUCAGGAGGAGACUUUGCUCUGAUUCCAAGCCGUGAUGAACCUUUUGGACUAGUCGCUGUUGAAUUCGGCCGAGGUGGGGCGUUAGGCGUGGGGAGCCGUCUGGGAGGCCUGGGUCGCAUGCCGGGUUGGUGGUUUCCCGUCGAAAGUGAUAGUACGGCACAUAUGCAUUCUCAGUUCUUGAAGACUAUAAAGGAAGCCUUGAAGUCGAGCCCUGAGGAGCGUGCCAUUCUUAGGGCACGAGCAGCUCUUCAACGAUUUCCAGUUCUCGAGUGGCGUAAUAGGAUUGAGAACUUACACCGUCGAGCAAUAAUCGCAUCUCGAAAAUAUGCAGGCUCUCUUGCAGCUGGACCCACAACAACUUAUGCUGAUCCCAAAAAAAUGGAAUUGGAACUAGAUGACAUAUGCAUAAAGUCAAAUUCACAUGAAGAUUGUUUGAAGAGCUCCGCAUUGAGUUCUCCUUCCAUUUCCGCAUCCUAUCUCGAUAGCACAUUGAAAAUCGGAGAGAAAGUCGGACGCGUCUUUUCGCGUAACCCUAGAAGUCCUCCUGGAAGCAGUUCUGUCAACUCUGCGUCUAUCGUAUGUGCAACACCGUCACCUGGAGAAGAACCUCUACGAGAGAUGGGUAUAGGACUUGUGGAAGAUGAUAUUAUUGCCCCAGCCCAGCCGCCUAACGUCGUAACAAAAGGGGGAUUAUUCGAAUCUACUAAUGAAAUUUUAGAAAAGUAUGGAGCAACCUCGUCAAUCAAUCAAGGUGCUCUAAAUUUUACCGAUGAAGAUGGGAAAGUCGCAAGUCAAUUUAUAUCUAAGCUAAAAAGACUGGACUCGAUGAAUUCAAUGGACGAUCUAUGCGUAUCAAAUUACAUAGUAUCUGCUGAAAAGCUGUACUUCAAACAAGUCAAACAGAGCGAACUCACUGUAGCUCGUUCAUUGUAUGGAGAGUCUACGGGGCGCUUUGGUAUCAGCAAAACGUCGGCGGCCAAUACAAUCAGCAAGUUUAGUUUGUUCAACUCUCAGAGUGAGAUGAAUAUUGGAACGGAGAUCGAUAAAGAAAGCUAUCAAUUGCCUCCUCUUACACAGAGCAAGCUCAACCAAUGGCAGAUUCGGCUUCAAGCGACCUACUGGGGAUGGCCACUUUACAGCAUUCUUCUGACCGCUGGACAAAUCUUGGGGGCUACCAGCUUUCAGCUUUCGCUGUUGGGGGGAACGAGCUCUCAAAAAGACAUUGAUCUAUAUAUUAUUGGAGCCAUGAACAUACUCGGUUCCAUUGCCUGGUAUGUGCUGAAAAGCAUGAAACCCGCUACCUGGUCGCUAUCAAUUCCAUGGAUCUUCUUUGGUUUGGCCUUCAUGCUCAUCGGCUUACCUUCGUUGACUGAGUCGAUGAAGGAAUACCCGAUUCGCCAUUCCCUAUCUCUUCUAGCGGCUAGUUUAUACUCAUUCUCUUCUGCAUCCGGAUUCUUGUUUUUCAGCGCCAACUUUGGAGAAGAAGCUGGAGGAGACACUGAUGUCUGGAUAUACCGUGCCUGUGUUGUACAAGGCACACAGCAGCUCUGGGUUGUAGCACUGUGGUAUUGGGGCUUCAAGCUGCAAAAUACCAACCCCUUCGAUACAAGCUCGGUUCCAUCGGCGUGGAUCAAUAUUGUCACAUUGACUCUUGCGGCUCUAUGUUUUUUCAUAGGUUACGUCUUGUUCUAUGGACUACCGUAUUAUUACCAUCAACUUCCUGGAAGCGUUCCCAAUUUUGCCAAGACGCUUUUCCGACGUAAACUCGUGCUAUGGUAUCUUGCAGCCGAGGUACUGCGCGACUACUGGCUAUCCGGUCCCUAUGGUCGGAAUUGGUCGUUUCUCUGGUCCGGGCAAAGUUUACCAGCAUGGGCAACCGCAAUUCUCACCAUCUUUUUCUUUGUGAUAGUCUGGGGACUCACGAUGUGGGUUUUAGGUAAAGCAUCUAAACAACAUACCUGGCUACUGCCAAUCUUUUCAGUUGGAUUGGGUGCACCAAGAUGGUGCCAGAUGCUGUGGGGAACAAGUAGCGUUGCAUUAUACACGCCUUGGGCCGGUGGUGCUGGGCCAUAUUUGAGCACUUCCUUGUGGCUAUGGCUUGGAGUCUUGGACGCUGUUCAAGGAGUGGGUCUGGGUAUCAUCCUUCUGCAGACUCUCAGUCGUGUGCAUGUGGCAGCGACUCUUUGUAUCGCUCAGAUUAUCGGCUCGACUGCAGUCCUGGUGGCCAAGGCUUCCGCGCCUAAUCGGAUCGGACCCGGUCACGUCUUUCCAGACCUUGGGCUCUGGGAUCCUGCACAACCCCUCAGAGACUCGCCUGUAGCAAGGUGGGAGUUCUGGAUUGCUCUUGCCUGUCAGUUGGUCAUCGUAGCCGGAUAUCUUGUGUUGUUCCGACGAGAAGUGAGUGUUAUUUCUAUGUUGCUCAUGUCUGUUGAAAGAUGA